AUGAGCAUCCCAGCCAGUUCCCCAGAGAACAACUCAGAGGGAGAAGCAGGAAGACCUGGAUGCCAGCCCAAGGUCAAAGAUGCUUUCAAAGACAUUUCCAUGUAUUUUUCCAAGGAAGAAUGGGCAGAGAUGGGAGAAUGGGAGAAGAUCCACUAUAGGAAUAUGAAAAGAAACUACAAUAUGUUGAUUUCUAUAGGUCUCAAAGCCCCUCGACCAGUUUUCAUGUGUCACCGAAGGCAAGCCAUCAAACCCCAGGUGGAUGACACUGAUGAUUCUGAUGAAGAGUGGACACCUGGACGGCAAGCCAAACCUCCUUGGGUGACCUUCAGAACCGAACAGAGUAGGCAUCAGAAGGGAAUGCCCAAGACACCAUUAGGUAAUGAACCUAGUUGGAAGAAGUUCUCAGGAAUUACAAAUUUUCCGAAGACAAGUAGAUUAGAACAGGCCCAGAGACCAGUGUCCCCUCCUGGAGAAGCAGGUACACAAGGAGAGCACUGCAAACAAAAACUGGGACCCAGGACAAAGGAGGUAAAAACGAGGAUGUACAGCCUACGGGAAAGAAAGAGUUAUGCUUAUGAAGAGAUCAGCGAGCCCCAGGAUGAUGAUUACCUCUAUUGUGAGCAGUGUCAGAACUUCUUCAUCAACAGCUGCACUGUUCAUGGGCCACCUAUAUUUGUAAGAGACAAUGUGGUGGACAAGGGGCAUUAUGACCGUUCAGUGCUCAGUCUGCCCCCUGGUCUGAGAAUUCGACAAUCCAGUAUUCCUGAGGCUGGGCUUGGAGUAUGGAAUGAGGAAUCUGAUCUGCCACUGGGUUUGCACUUUGGCCCCUAUGAGGGCCAGAUCACAGAAGAUGAAGAUGCAGCCAAUAGUGGAUACUCCUGGAUGAUCACAAAGGGGAGAAAUUGCUAUGUGUAUGUAGAUGGAAAGGAUAAAUCCCAGGCCAACUGGAUGAGGUAUGUGAACUGUGCCCGGUAUGAUGAGGAGCAGAACCUCGUGGCCUUUCAGUACCACAGGCAGAUCUUCUACCGAACCUGCCGGGUCAUCAAGGCAGGCUGUGAGCUGCUGGUCUGGUAUGGGGAUGAGUAUGGACAGGAACUGGGCAUCAAGUGGGGCAGCAAGUGGAAGAGAGAGCUCACAGCAGAAACAGAACACAAACAGGAGAUCCAUCCUUGCAACUUAUGCUCUUUGGCCUUCUCCAGCCAGAAAUUCCUCAGUCAACACAUGGAGCGCAGUCACCACUCACAGAUCUUCCCAAGAACAUCCUUCAUAAAAAACUUCCAACCAUGGGAUCCCUGUUCAGGGGACCAGCCUCAGGAGCCACAGCAUUCAUACAACCAGAAUGAAAAAAUUGCAGAUCAGGAGGCCAAAGGAAGCUCCAAACCCACACCUAAAAAGACAAGACAUGGAGUUACUUCGAGGGCCUCUCCCAACCCACUCAAAGGACAGAUGGGGAGAUCUGGAGAAACCGAGAUAAUGAUGGAGGAAGGACUCAGAACAGUCCAGAGAGUGAAUACGGAUGCUCCAAGCAAAUUAUCUGUGAAAACCAGAACCUCAAGAAUUGUACAAGUAAAGAAUGAAAAAUAUGGGCAAGAUUUCAGUGACCAGUCAAGCCUCACCGGGCACCAGAGGACACACACAGGGGAGAAGCCCUAUGUCUGCAGGGAGUGUGGGCGGGGCUUUACACGGAAGUCACACCUCACCCAGCACCAGAGGACACACACAGGGGAGAAGCCCUAUGCCUGCAGGGAGUGUGGGCGGGGCUUUACACAGAAGUCACACCUCACCCAGCACCAGAGGACACACACAGGGGAGAAGCCCUAUGUCUGCAGGGAGUGUGGGCGGGGCUUUACACGGAAGUUAAAUCUCACCCAGCACCAGAGGACACACACAGGGGAGAAGCCCUAUGUCUGCAGGGAGUGUGGGCGGGGCUUUACACAGAAGUCACUCCUUACCAGCCACCAGAGGACACACACAGGGGAAAAGCCCUAUGUCUGCAGGGAGUGUGGGCGGGGCUUUACACGGAAGUCAUACCUCACCCAGCACCAGAGGACACACACAGGGGAGAAGCCCUAUGUCUGCAGGGAGUGUGGGCGGGGCUUUACACAGAAGUCACUCCUUACCCGGCACCAGAGGACACACACAGGGGAGAAGCCCUAUGUCUGCAGGGAGUGUGGGCGGGGCUUUACACGGAAGUCAUACCUCACCCGGCACCAGAGGACACACACAGAACAACCAUAG